AUGAAACCAGCAACUCUCCUAGCUCUGUUGGCCCCGGCUGCAGCUCUCGCCGAAUCACAACAACAACCCGCGACGGGGUCUGCCGUUUCGUCUGAUUUCGCGCACAUCUCGCCCACCGUCUCAUUAGCGGAAAUGGGUAUCCGCGAUCGGGGCCGUUUCGUUCCUGUUGCUGGAUUGGACUCGGUGUUGGUUGACGAGACGGGAAAGUUGGCUGCGAGGCAUGUGCUUCAGGCGCGCAGUGAGGGUUCCCUGGGUCAGACGCCGUGGAUUGGUAUGGCUAUUGGCCUGACUUUUACUGCUUUGGCGGCUGUCAUGCUCGGGUGA